AUGGGAGUCACAUUCUCCUCCCUCUGGUCCCAGCUCUUCGCCAAAAAGGAGACCAAAGUCCUCAUCCUCGGCCUCGACAACGCUGGCAAAUCCACCAUCCUCUACCGCAUCACCAUGGGCUCCGUCGUCGCCAGCGCCCCCACCGUCGGGUCCAACCACGAGAUCUACGACUACAAAGGCGUGCGCUUCGGGCUUAUCGAUAUCGGAGGGCAGACUAGUUUGAGGGGGUCUUGGAGCCAGUAUUUCCAGGGGGCGGAGGCAGUUAUAUUGGUCAUUGAUUCGAGCGAUUCGGCGCGGUUGGGGGUGGUGAAGCAAGAGUUGAUGAAGAUUGUUGCAGACGAGUCAUUAUCAACGGCGCUGCUGCUGGUCCUGGCCAACAAGCAAGACCUGCCUGUAGCCCAAGGCCGUCUCACACCCGCCCAAGUUUCAGAAGCCCUCGGCUUGACGGAUCUGAGAGAACGAGAGUGGCAAAUCAUGGGAUGCAGUGCUCUCACAGGUCUGGGGCUGUUUGAAGGGAUGGAUUGGCUGGUCGGGAAGCUGGCUGCGCGGACAUGA